AUGUACACCACACUGCUGUCAUUCUUAUCUAUCGUUGGGCUUCUGUCAUACUUCAUCGUCAAGCCACUAUGGGACUAUCUGAGAGAUCCGAAAGGACUCCGUAAAUAUCCCUGCAUCAAUCCUCUGGCUGGGCUCACCAAUCUUGGCUUCAUGUGGGAAGCCUACACUGGAAUCCGAUCGAAGAAACUCUACGAGAUGCACAAGACCCAUCCAGUCAUUCGCAUCGGUCCCAACUCGCUCUCCUAUGGAAGUGUGAACGCUAUAAAGGACAUAUACGGCCAUAAUUCCAGAUGCACCAAGGACGUCUUUUACGAGGCACUCUCUGGCUCCCACUUCCAUCUUGCGGAUGUAGUCGACAAGAGCGAGCAUGCUCGGAAGAGAAAGAUGAUGUCUAGCGCAUAUGCUCUUAAGAACCUGGAAGGGUGGGAGUACAAAGUUGCCGAUAAGACAGCCCGUUUCAUCAAAGCCUGCGAUGCCCAUUGCACUAUGCCUCUGCCCGAAGGCCGUAUUNUUCCGGAUCCACAAGAUGUCAAAUUCGACUACCGAGCAUACAGCAACUUCUUCACUCUGGAUGCAAUCGCCGACAUUGGUCUUUCAGAGCGAUUGGGCUUUCUUGAUGCCGGUAAUGACAAAGUUGUAGGCGAGAAGAUGGAUGGCACGAUCUACGAAGUGGAGUCGUACCGUGCAGGUCUUCACGCUACGGCACAAGCACAAGCUCUCAUUGUCUGGGCCACCCAAUGGUAUGACUUCAACAGUAAGUAUAUUUCGAGGAUCUUGCCAAGUUUUCGUAAGAUGUGGAAGCUCAACGAAGGCUGGAAUGAUCUGGUCUACCACAGGGCUACGAAACGCCUGGCACGCUAUCGUGCUGGUGAGAAGCUUGACGAUUUCUUCCAGGCACUUAUGGAGGACAAGAACGGCAAUCCGAACAACCUCGAAUGGGGCGAAGUGAUUGCGGAAGUCAGCAUCAUGCUUAACGCGGGUUCCGAUACCACUGCCCUUGCCAUGAACAAUGUUAUGGUAUGGUUGUUGAAGAAUCCGGGAUGUCUCUCACGCCUUCGUGAGGAAGUCGACGCUGUCCUCGAACCCGAAGAGGUUGUUGCCCCGUAUGACAAAGUCAAGCACCUUCCUUAUCUUCGGGCCUGUCUAGACGAGUCACUGCGUAUCACGCCCUCGACAACCUUCGGUCUACCGAGGCGCACCCCUCCAGAGGGCUCGAAGAUUCUCGACGAGUGGGUUGAAGGCAACACGACAGUAUCUAUCUCAGCAUACGUCGCACAUCGUGAUCCUGUCAUUUUCCCCGAGCCAGAAAGAUUUAAUCCGGACCGAUGGUUGGGAGAAAAGGGCAAGGAUUUGCAACCGUACUUCAUCAGUUUCAGUACGGGUUCUCGGGGCUGCAUUGGUCGUAAUAUCAGUUAUCUCGAACAAACUGUGCUCCUUGCCAGUGUUGUUCACAGAUACGGCUUUGCUUUGCCUCACCCCGGGUGGGAGCAGGACAGAUGGGAGACCACAAAUUUGAUGGCAGGCCCAUUGCCCUUGAAGGUUUGGAGGAGGGAUCUCAAUGUGCUUAAGGCUUAG